GCCUCCCCUCAUUCCUCCUUUCAUCCGUACCAUGAUCACCGAAAACCUUCCCACUGAAACCAUCAUCCAAAUCUUCAAAACGACUACCGACCUCGAGUUCCGUGCGGGAAGGCUGCCCGUUUCACUUCUUAACUGUGCAGAGGUUUGCCAACGUUGGCGUUCCAUCGCACUCAGAACCCCUGAUCUCUUUACCCAAAUCCUCAUCCCUUUUAGUCAGCUUCGAGAGCGAAACUUCAGUAUCACAAAAUGGGCCAAGUUCUGGUUUGACCAGUCUCGACCCUACCCUAUUGCCGUCGUCAUCGACUUUAAUCUUCCAAAUCUGUUCGAGCCAGACCACGGUCGUUUCAGGACGUUCCAUACCCUGCUACAAGACCAUCUCAUUCCCAACAUUUCUCGCCUCAUAUCUUUCCAUUAUGAUGGCACCAGAUUCAAUCGGUCCACGGUAGACCUGUUCUGCCCUCUGGUCGAGAUCAACGUCGACGCUCCAAUUCUAGAAGAGCUCGUCAUCAAAUGUCCCAAAGUAACUGUGUUCUGGCCGCUGAUUGAUAUCCGUUCCCAAAAUUUCUUCGCGUCCAACCCAAAACUACGUAGCCUCACGCUACGCGGGUCAGAAUACCAGGCCCCAUUGAACAACCUUACUUCCCUCGACGUGUACUGCAUGAAUUUAUUGGAUGUCCCCUUCCGGCAGCUGGUCAAAGAUUGCCCCAAACUCGAAGCUAUCGCUUUCCGUGACAUUUUUCUUCCACCCGUUAAGUACAGCAAUCUAGAUAUCCAGCUCUCUCCAAUUCCAAUACCAUCCCUCCGGCACCUUACUCUAGACUUCCAGGGAGCCGUUAAAGGCAAUUGGAUGGACAUAUACAAACACGUCCUCACAUCCGUGGUAGCACCGAACCUCCAAUCCCUUUCCGUAUCAACCUCGCCAAAAUUCUUCGUCAGCUUACCCAAUGUGCUCCCCAAUCCGUCUUCCCUCACUAACCUUCGUACACUUAAACUCCGCGGAAUACCAGAAGAAGUCAAAAACAGAUAUACUCAUCGAAUCACGAAUAACUCGUAUUGGUUCCUAGACCUUCCGAAUCCCAAUCGGAUCGAAGAGCUCCACCUGUCUAACUCGUCGGGUGAAGUCCUAGGCAUCGAACUGCCAAUCCCGACGACAUUACGUACCCAGAGAACCCAGCAGCCACGGCAUUAUUCAGAAUACCGCCCACCUCAAUCCCUGUUAACCUUAUCAUCAGGCGAUCCCGCUGCACAAUUUACAAGCCUCACAUCCAUCACGGUCGAUAGCAAUAACGCGGAGCAUGUACUUUGGUUAUGUCGCGUGUUACAAGUCAGGCCUACCGUUCGAACAGUUUGUCUCUCCAGAGCAGCGUGCAUUCAGUCGGCCCUUCACUUGAUCGUUACGAAACAUGGAGUUUUUAGUCGAAGAGAGUUAGGGCCUGAGAUGUGUAAUAAUGGUGUUUCUGUGGAGUAUUGGAUCGGAGAACGGGUGAAGUUGAGGGUACUAUCUGCGGGGUUGGAAUGACGUGAAGGCUAGAAUUUGGCACUAGACUAACAUCGGAUGAGGGGCGACUAUCGCGGUUAAUCGAGGAGUUCCUGCACCAGGGGCAGACUCGUAAUUGUUCAUAUCUAUAUCUACACGAGUCCCUUCCCAGUGGAAUCCACUCAUUUCCAUGCAGCCGACAUGCAGCUACCAUUUCUUAUUCUUACAGUAAGAGCAAUAAUCAAUCUCGCACUUGUCGCAC